UGCAGUUUCCAGCUGGCUAUGACUUUGCGAUAACUGGUAAUUUAAGUGGCUGGCAUUUCCACGUAGACUUAAGAAUAUGUAUUAUGUUUACCAACAGUAACCUCCAAACCUGUGGCAAGUCGGUUUAAUUGGAUUGAAAUUGCAAGACAAUUACUAUAGCGUGAGAAUACCUGCCACUUAUAAAUUCAUGAGUAAUUCGCAUGUGUCACUGGAAAACCGUGUUUCCUAAAAUAUAUAGAGCACUCAACAGUUAAACAAUUAAAUUAAGAUUCUACUUAACUUUAGCGAAUAGUCAACUGACAACCUUUAUUAAAACCGUGCUAUUUCUGUUGAAAAAUCAAUAAUGUUUGGCAAGAAGACAUUUGGAGCUGUGAUUAUAAUAUUUAUUGCAUAUGGAUAUAAUUUACAUAAAAAUAAAAAGGUUCCGAGUCCUGUGAUAGAAACUGAGCUGGGAAAAAUUCAAGGCAUUGAAUCAAUGUCCAGAGGAGGUAAACGUCUGUAUGAGUUUUUAGGCGUCCCUUACUCGGCACCACCUGUUAACAAGCUCAGAUUUGAGCCUCCUCAACCAGUCGCCCCGUGGGAGGGGGUCAAAGAUGCAAGCUUUUAUGGAUCCGAGUGUGCUCAGCUCAGAUUGAUUACUGGGGAUUAUGCUGGUCAUGAAGAUUGCUUAUUUUUGAAUAUUUUUGUUCCGAAGGAACGCAAAGGACUCCUGCCAGUUAUGGUUUUCUUGCACGGCGGUGCGUUCGUUACGGGUAGCUCAAACACCUACAGACCGGGGUAUAUCUUAGACGAAGACGUAAUUCUAGUAACUCUGAACUAUCGAUUGGGUGCCCUCGGCUUCCUUAAUUCAGGGGACGAAGUGGCGAGAGGAAACGCCGGUUUAAAAGACCAAGUCAUGGCUUUACGUUUUAUUCAAAAGCAUAUUGGCGUGUUUGGUGGGGACAACAAAAACAUUUUGCUAUUUGGCGAAUCGGCAGGUUCUGCGUCUGCCAGCUUCCAUUUAGUUUCUCCAAUGUCCAAAGGGCUAUUUUCCAAAGCGAUUAUGCAAAGUGGGACCUUUAGUAGCAAUUGGGCUGUGUGGCCUGAACCUGCAAAGCAAGCCAAACGGUUUGCCGGAAAGUUUAAUUGCUCACUAGAAACAAGUAAAGAAAUGAUUGAAUGUCUAAAAAAUGUGGAUACUCGAACAUUUGUAGAAGGUCACAAAGAGAUAUUGCUUCCAUUAAGAGAACAAAUAACAAUUUUUGUUCCGACGAUUGAAGCCGUGAAGGAUGAAAACGCUUUCUUAACGGAAGAUCCAGUCAAAGCUCUGAAAGACGGAAAAGUCCACAAGGUUCCAAUAUUAGCUGGCGUGAAUUCACAGGAGGGACUAUUAACAUCCGCAAUUAUAACUGGAAAUCAAUCGAAAUUGGAUCAAGCCAACAAUGAGUUUAAUUUCUGGGCGGGAAGAAUUUUGUACUAUCCUCAGGAGAAAACAGACAUUUCAGCUAAAAUUCGAAACUACUAUUUUGGAAAUGUUAAAAGCAUUGCUACCAAGGACCUGGUGCAGAAUUACACUAACUUAUUCUCAGAUCGAAUGUUUUUCGUCCCUUUGCAUAAUUUCGCCCUGGAAUACAGAAAACAUGCUUCGCUUCGACUGUACUUUUACACUCAUAAAGGACAAUUUAGUUUGGCACGGUUAUUAGCGUCGUCACAAAAGCCUUACUUGCCCCCACUUGUAAAUGUGAUACUUGACAUGAUUGUCAGAUGGAUUAAGGAACAUGUCCUAGGGUUUGAAAUACCACAUCCUGGAGUAUGCCACGCAGAUGAAUUGCCAUUGUUUUACGAUUGGCUAUUGGGUCCUGCUAUUACAGAACAAUCCAAAGACUAUGCAAUGUCAAGAACUCUAAUCAAAACAUGGACUGACUUUGCUCACAAUGACAAAACAUUGACAUGCAAUUCCGUCGAAUGGGAAACGGUUGAUCCAAAGUCCCAUAACUUAUUCUACAUGGAAUUAAAUACUGAACCAAAAAUGAUUAGUGAACCCUUUGAAAAUCGAGUACAGUUUUGGAAGUCACUUGGUGUAUGAUGAAAACGCCGCAACAUAACUUUGAUUAUUUAUCGGAUGUUAAUUCAAGUCAAAUAUAAAAGGCAAUAAACUACCUCCAAAAUUAAGAGUAUUAAAAAUUGAA